CAUAAUGCAAUAAUUCCUCUUAGACAUAUUUUGAGGUGAAAAAACUGUCAACAUGUCAUCUUACAGGUUAAAUAAUAUAUAUUAUAUAAUGAUACCUCUUUAAUGUCAGACUUCAUAUCCUCACCUAUUUACUGUCAUCAGAUAGAAUUAAUCAGCAGACAUUUUGUUGAGAGCGUCCAGUUCUGGUGGUUUAGAAACGUUGUUCUGAGAGUUUUAAUAUUAACAUCUGCUGCACUCAUUGGGUGUUUGGUCUCCACUAUCUGAUAAACUCACCUGCUGAACUUAAAAAAUGGUAAAAAAAAAUUUUUAAAUGGACUGCAUUUAUAUAGUGCUUUUCUAGUCUACCAACCACUCAAAGCGCUUUACAAUACAUGCCAACAUUCACCCAUUCACACACACACACACACACACACACACACACACAUGGCAGAGGCUGCCAUCUAACCAGCAGUUAGGGGUUCAGUGUCUAGGACACUCUCUCUGGAGGAGCCGGAGAUCAAACCAGGAACCUUCCGAUUACUAGACGACUGCACUACCUGCUGAGCCACGCCGUCCCCUUUACAGAUUUUUUUCCUUUACAUUAAUUCUAAACUAACAGUUUGUGGAGAGACCUCGUCUGUUGUCCUGGAUUAAAGAAUCAUUUUGCUUUAGUUUAUACUUAGUUUGUUAGUUUUAAACAGUUCAGAUGUGGUGGUAAAAGACUAUAAUAGAACUAAAUGGAUAUGUGCAGGAGAGAAAGAAAACCAGAGUCUUCCGUGAGAUUAAAAUAAUUUCAAACUCAAAACAUCCUGUCCAAAAUCUACUUGCUAGAACAACUACUGGCAGAAGGGAAUGUUCCUGUAGAUACAGAAGAAAACGAUUUUAAUAAUGUAUUGCUGAAAUCAGACAUUUGGGGCUACUUAUGAGCCAGAAUACAGUGCAGAGGAAUUGUGGUGUAUGUAGGAGAAAGACGCCACCUGCCGGUAAGGAUAGCGGCGCAGAGCUUCCCCAUGCUGGUGACAACUGGUGGUGCCGCUGUGGUAAAUGUGCACCAGUGGAAACAGAAGUGGAGUCGCUGUGCGUCACACCAAAGCUUUGGGCCACAUAUAGACAAGGGAGUGCUUGAGAAAUACUUCAGGAUCCCGAAAAGAAACUGGAAAAAACAACCAAAGCCAGCGGGAGAAACUGACAUCUGAGCAUAGAGUAAGUUGGACAUUGACAUUGUUUUCUUACUAGCACGGCAACGUUACAGUGUGAAAACAUACAAUACACAUUUUUUAUGAGGCUUUGCACAUACACAGAGUUUAGCCUAACUGACCGGCUGUUUAUAGGAGUUGGGGGAGUUUGGGAGUGGCCUUGGAAGGCAAAGUGCAUUCUGGUUGUUGUAGCUUUUCUACAUUUUGAGCAAAAGGGAAUAGGACAGCCCCUUUUCUGUGUUCUCUGGUCUUGCAGCACCAAUUUCAAAAUAUUUGCGUCUUUAUACUGCAUAGACAACCCAGUUAUAUUAAAAUACCAUCUUACCAGCGGUGAAAUAUCCCUUUAAAAGAAAUGUAAAUCAGGAACAUAAACUCAAACAAAGGAUGAAUGAAAAAGUAAGAUAAAGAAAUAAAUAAUGUCAUUUGAAGCUAUCAGUUAAGAGAAGGACCUCUGGUAAAUGUAUGUAUAUUUUGUUUGUCCACUGUUGAACUGUAUGAUACAGUUAUUAAUUACUCAGAUGUAAUAUAGGUUAAUUCAAACCUUCACAGGAGGUGUGUUUUCUGUCUUCUGAUAUCUGCUUUAAUUCAUUUAAUCAGUCUUUGAUAUGGUUUGCAUAAUUUGUGUAAAAGUUCAAUAGAAAAUAGAAAACACAAAUGAAUCUGAGAGUUACAAAAGAGACAAAGAGGAACAUUAUUAACUGUCUGAAACCCAAUCAUUGAUUUUAUUGAUGUAAAAAAAAUUCUCCUUUUUAAAAUGUUUAGGAAGCCUCUGAUCAAGAAAAUGAGUUUUUAAAAUUUGUUGGUGGAUUUUGUGAAAACAUUGCAAAAUUGCUAUAAUACAGUCCAGUACAACACCAUCACUAACUCCGAUGACAGAGUCAACAACAACUGAACUUCGUAGGAAACAUAAAAGUAACUUUAUGACACAACAGGUGGAUUGGACUGUACAGGUGGUUCUAAUAAAGUGACCACUGAGUGUGUUUACUGUAAAAAAAUGGGAGAAGUGGAAUUAAAAAGACAUUUUGGACCAAACAGAUGUACUUUCUUGUCACCUGGAACAGUUUACUAUUUAAAAUACACAUUGAAUCUUCACUUCAGUUGUUUAUUUUAUUAAAACAAUGUGAGUAAAGAAAAUUAUUUUUCAGGGGAGAAAGAAGUUGUUUUUAUUUAUUUCUUAAACAAAAAAAAAAAAAUCACCUCAGAUUUCUCAGUGUUUUUUGUUUUUACAGUGCAGUAAUUAUUUUGGAAGACAGUUCACAAAUUACUUGACUAGACUUUUGUCAAGCAUUGACAGGAAGUCUUCUAUGUUGUCACAGAUGACUACAAUAGAGAUUACCUUCAAAAUAAAUUAAUCAUAAUCACUUAAUUUUUCAAUGUAUUUGCAAUUCAACUCUGAUGCCUUUAUAUUGAAAUACGUUACAGGAAGUUGUUCUUAUUUUGAUACACAUUAAAGGAAGCUGCUGUGUCAAAUAACAGAGAUAAAAAUAAAUGCAGCUGAGUGCAGAGUUAAAUUUAAGCUGGACUGACAUGUUUCUGUCUGUGCUUUUAUUUUGUCUCUUUAACUUCGUCAUGUCCAAUAACAAACUGACUUCAGUGGAUUUUGAGAUUUUUGGGAACGUGCAGGGUGUUUGCUUCAGAAUGUACACAGAGGAUCAGGGCCGGAGUCUGGGACUCAGUGGUUGGGUGAAGAACACCAGACAGGGAACUGUGAUUGGUCAAAUCCAGGGACCUCCGGACAAAGUCAAUGACAUGAAACUCUGGCUGAAGAGCGUCGGCAGUCCGAGCUCGCGAAUCGACCGAGCCGUCUUCUCCAACGAGAGAGACAUUUCUAAACUGGACAUCCACGGCUUCUCCACCCGCUACUGACCCUCUGUCAAUUGACAGAA